UCAGACAAAUAUCAAUAUUUUCGGCAAUCUAAAAUCUGUCUUCAUUCAGGGUGGCCAGACUUACAGGCCCUCCAAGCUGCAUGCGACAAUCGUCAGAAGUUCAGGAGGCAGGGCACACCUGCUGGGGCUCAGGGCUUCAGCCCCAUGGGGAGUGCCUGAUGGGACACUGGACUUCAGCCAGAAGCCCCACUGGGCAGAAGCCCCUACUCCACCACCGCGGUGCAAGGCAGAGGUCCCAAGCUCUCCCCACCCCAGUCUGAGCAGAAAAACUCAGACUGCUCCAGAUUAUUCUCCGGGUGGACGAAGUGCUCUCUCUGGUCCUGCAGCCUUAUCAGAUAACUCCAUUGCACCUACACGUACUACUAGAAGAGAAAGAUCUCCUCAGAAGGGCCUGAUGGCUUCGCUUCCUGUCCUACAAGAAGAGACAUUGUUCCGAAAGGGAUUCUGGAGCUAUCGAAUCCCAGCCCUGCUCUACAUGCCGCAGUCCUGCACCAUCCUGGCAUUCGCCGAGGAGCGGGAGGAUGAGGUGGAUGAACAUGCCAAGCUGAUAGCAAUGCGCAGAGGCACAUAUGAUGGGACUACCCACCGUGUUCAGUGGACCAAAAUGGAGACCAUUGUCAAUGCUCAGCUGGAGGGCCACCGCUCCAUGAACCCAUGUCUUGUGUACGAUGAAGUCAGCGGGAACCUCAUUCUAUUCUUUAUAGCUGUCCCGGGAAAGGUCUCUGAAAACCACCAGAUCAAGACAAAGACCAACUUGGUCCAUCUGUGCCAGGUCACCAGCACUGAUAAUGGAUGCUCCUGGAGCUCUGCGAAGGAUUUCACUGAGACUGUCAUUGGCACAGCACACAAGUACUGGGUCACCUUUGCGGUGGGACCAGGCCACGGUUUACAGUUGCUCAAUGAGGCUCGGAGUCUUGUGAUUCCUGCCUACGCCUAUCGGAUACUUGACCCUGGGAGAAAACCCUCCCCACACGCCUUCUGCUUUGUUAGUUCUGACCACGGAAAAACCUGGGCAAUGGGGAACUUUGUGGCAAAGGAGCAUGCUGUGGAGUGCCAGGUAGCUGAAGUGCACAACCAAGGAGAAAGGGUGCUGUACUGUAAUGCUAGAAGCAGCCAGGGAGCCAGAGUCCAGGCUGUGAGCUACAACCAUGGGAUGGAUUUUGACGGUGGUCAACAGAUUGAGAAGCUGGUAGAACCUCCCCAUGGCUGCCAUGGGAGUGUUAUUGGCUUCCCAAGUCCUGCUAACGUUCAGGACACCUGGGUGCUCUACUCUCACCCCACAGACCCAGCUGGGCAGAGAAAUUUAGGAGUGUACCUCAACAAGUGUCCCUUAGAUCCAGCAUGCUGGAUAGGACCCACUCUCACCUUCAAGGGCUUGUGUGCUUAUUCGGAUCUGCAGCACAUGGAGCGAGGCCCUAAUGGCUCCCCGCUGUUCUGCUGUCUGUUUGAGUUUGGCUCCAGCUCACAAUACAAAGAGAUCAUUUUCCUUAUGUUCACUUUGAAACAAGCCUUUCCAUCCGAGUGCUGA